ACCAGAGUCACUUGCAAAAUAAGACCCAGUCUGACCAGAACACAGAACAACCAUCAUCCUAAGAAAUCAACAUGAAACCUCAAUGUAUACUUCUACUGGCUCUCGUGGUCAUCUUGGUAUUGCACAGCAAGUUGAAUGAGGCUGUGUCGUUUCCCUGGGGCUGUGCAAGCAUCAGUGGAGUUUGCAGACAAGGAACGUGUCUACCUUCUGAACUCUACUUUGGACCGUUAGGCUGUGGCAAGGGAUUCCAGUGCUGUGUAUCACAUUUUCUUUGAGAAGAGAUUAAAUCAAGCAGCGAUUCUUAAAGAUUCUAUCAUGUGAAUUCAAUCUUUCCUAUAAACAAUUGUUUUCAGUCUCUUCUUUAAUUCAACACAUGCCUAAAUAUUUGUGAUAGUAUGCAUAAUCAGAUGCCUGAAGAGGAAUCUGUCUUAAGGUUAAAGGUAUAGCGGAAGAUUUCUUGAGAAAUUCCUUCUCCACUUUUAAAAUAAAAUGCAAUUGCGCAACACUCCUGAUUGAGGACCAAUAUUCUUGAUGAUCCACCCGAAAAAAGAAAAUGCUCCGCAAUACCUUUAUUAAUAUAUCACUUGUGUAUAACACUUAUUGUCAUGUAAUGGCACUGGUGAUCUUUGGAGUAAUUUUGAUUAGAUCAUCAUGUUUUAGGGAUGCAUAUUGUUCAUAACCUAAAACAGUUGUCUCUAGGCCUCUAAACUAUAAAAUGUUUUUUUUUCUUUAACAACACUGAUAGAAUAAUAAACUUGCAGGCUAUUGUUUACUUUUCUGUGAAUGUGUAAAACCACAUAAACACAUGUAGUCACAUCCUUGAAGACUUAAUAAACCUAGUUUUCAUGUGUUUGUCACAGAAUGACCUAUGUGUGUAAAUAGAUCAUUUAAUCUUGAUGGUUGGCAGUUUGAAGCACCAUUGACUCCCAUAUUAUUUUUCCAUAUGGAAGUUGAUGGCGUUUCAAAACUGGUUGAUUCAAGCAUUUUCAUCUUCCUUUGUGUUCAGCAGAAUAACCGAAUUUAUACAGGUUUAGAAUAUUGUGAGGGUGAAUACAUAAUGACAGAAUUUUUAUUUUAUGUGAACUAUCCCUGUAACAAACAUAAAACAAAUGCACGUUAAAAGUAUGUAAAUAUU